AGUUACGUCUAUUAUGCCAUAUAAUGAUGAAAUAAUUAUGUUAAUUAUCAAAUUAGCACCUCAAAGUAGAAUUAUGUAAAAAAAGUAUAUUAUAAAUGCUACUUUAAGCAUUCAAAUCAGAGAAAUCGCACAAAAAGAUCUCGAAUCAAGUUUAUUAAGCUCGAAAAAUUUGGUUCAAACACUUUUUAAUAGUUUGUUUCAUGAAAAAGAUCGAAUUUUUCCUGUUUAUAAAACUUUUCGAUUUCUUUUGGCUCUUAUUUAAUUUAAAAAUUGAAUCAUAUUUCAACUUUCACUUUCAAUGACACAUUUAUCUUGACUUUCAAAGUCUUCAAAAUCCACUCUCUUUUUAGAUCCUAAAUGUAUCGCGUUUUGUAUUUUUGCGAAGGGUUUAAAUUUUAAUCAGAACAGGAAAACUUUUACUCUUCUGUUCGCUACUCAAUGAAUAAUAUAUCUAAAUAUUUGUGCAUUUCUUUUCAACGAUGCGUUUACAUCGAACUUCAAGAGACUCUCAAGAGCAAAAACUAAUACGACGCAGAGUGCUAAAAGUUACGACGAAUUUCAUUAAUCCAGAUAAGAGAGAAAGAAUCCGUUAUUUCUAUCUCUUGGACCGGAUCAUCAUGGAUUUGAAGAGGAACAUCGGCAGCAGAUAAUCUCGGAAGAAAAUCUAUGUUCUUAUUACUCUUCCUCUAUGAUGCGUAUAGCUAAAAAUGCGAAGCGCAAAAAACAUGCGGCGUCCUUCGGGAGGAAGAUGACCUUCCCCUGCGUAUCUGCGAUAGCCGGUCGGUUUUAUCGAAUUCGUAUAACACCUAAGCCAGUAUAACCGGUAUACGAUGGAGCCAGAAGUCUAUCUUUAUUUGCUCUCUCGCUCUCAGUAUUAAUCGGUCUGGCGAUAGAACGAGGUGCGAUCGAGACGACCAUCGAUUCCUAGCGUCAAGUUGUGCAAGGUAAUUGAAUGUAAAACGGCGACAGGCAAGGAUGGCGGAUAAUUUCAGCGGCAAACUCGUAUCCUUCUCAGCGAAAGAGAUGGAGGAGAACAACGAAGAGUGCACGUCGUCGAAGAGCGUCCCGGUCUUAUUGAAGCACACCAGCGCAGCUUCCUUGUUCCUGGCUCGGUUGAAGCACAGACGCACCCAGUCGAAGCAAGACAACUGCGAGCUCAAGAUCGGUCAGCCUCAGUAUCACCAGGAGCGCGUCCCUUUGUCCUUCGACAGCCCGAUCACUUCCACGGCUCACAUGGAAGACUUCUUCGUCAUCAGCGAACGCGCCUGCGCCGAGGAGAUCAACCGCACUUGCCUGCGCAUCAACGAGGACUUCCUCGGCAACGUCCUGACGGAGCACAGAAAGCGCGCGUCCUGCAAGUCGCAGCUCUGGGAGAACCUGGAGAUAAGCGCGACGAACGAGACCCUGGCCGAGACGGUCCUGCCGGCCGCGAACUCGAGCGACAUCAACGUGCUGCUGAUGCAGGCGAGUUUCAUGGGGCGGCCCGACAUCAUUCGUCAUCUCUGCCAGAACGGCGCCAACGUCAACUACAUCGAGCCCGAGCACGGUCUCACCCCGUUGCACCUGUGCGCAUUUCGAAACUGCCUGGACGGGGUCAAGUACCUGAUGGAACAGGGAGGCGCGAAGAUCGACACCAGCGCGAAGCACACGCCGUUUCAUUACGCCGCCUUCGGGGACGCGUUCGAGGUCGCCCAGUACUUCGUGCAACAUGGCAUCAGUCCGGAGAUGUCGAACGAGACCGAGGAGACGGUGCUGCACGCGGCGGCGCGCACCAACGCUCGACGCGUCUUGUCUCUGCUGACUCCGAACAGCAAGGAGCUGAAUCACCUGGAUCAGGACGGAUACGCCGCCAUCCAUCACGCGGCCGAUCGCGGCGACUCGAGUUGUCUAGACGUGCUCCUCAAGGCCGGCUGCCAGGUGGAUCUGUUCACCGCUAAGAAGAACACUGCUCUGCACCUGGCCGCGGAAGCCGGCUGCACGGAGAAUCUAGCCCUGCUGAUCGAGGCGAAGGCCGAUCUUCAGCUGAAGAAUCAUCGGGGAUACACCGCUCUGCACCUGGCCGCUCGCUCGCAUUCCCUGGAAUGCGUGGAGAUACUGUUAAGGGGCCACGCGGAUCCGAACGCGGAGGACGACGAGGGCCGGACGCCGCUGCACCUGGCCCUGGGCAAAUCCCUGAUGACCGACGAGAUCACCGAGCUCUUGCUCAAGUGGCGGGCGCACGUGAACAAGGCCGACAGAUACGGUUACACGCCGCUGCACAUCGCCGCAUCCAACGAGCUGUCGCGAUGCGUCAACAUACUGAUCAAGCACGAGGCGGAUCUCAGUGCGAGGACCAUCGGCGGCAACAGCGCCCUGUCCAUCGUUCUGCGGAAGACCCCGACUUCCCUGGACGUGUUCGAGCGUAGGCUGGACUCGUCUCUUACCUUGAACCGGCAGGGCUUCGCGGGCGAGAUCGAGCUGCAACUGGACUUUCAUCCGCUGUUGCAGGACCGACGAAACCGACAGACUCGCCUGCCCGAGAUCGAUUACCUCAACACCUUCGUGAAGGAGGGCUACAAGGAAAUUCUGGAGCACCCGUUGUGCCAAUCCUUCCUCCAUCUCAAAUGGCACAAGAUCCGAAAGUAUUACAUGGUCCGAUUGCUCUUCUAUCUGGUGUACAUGAUGAUAUUUACGGGCUGGGCGAUAACCGCUCUGGCGCACAAUUGUUACAACGAGGCUAAGAUGGACGAUGAAAUGCGCAGAGAUAUAACCACUCUGGCGCGCGAUUGUUACGAGGAUGCGACAAACAAAAUCGAGAUUGAGAAUGAAAUGCGCAGAAAUAUAAUCACUCUGGUGCACAAUUGUAAUAAUUUGGUGGACCGUUGUUACAACGAGACAAUGAAAACAACACCGAGAUUGAGAAUAAAAUGUGCAUCGGCGAAGCUCCUUCUGAGUACGUGGAUCAUACUGGCGAUAUUCAGCGUAGUGGAGGCCUUUCGUAAAAUGAGUGUCAUUCCUAGUUACCGAUCCUUCAAACAGUUCCUGCAGAUCGAAAAUCUGAUUGAGUGCUUCGUGAUAUUCAGUGUGUUCGCCACCUCGUUUCUGUAUGCAGAGGAAAUAGAACCGUGGCAGCAUUAUCUGGCCGCCUUAGCCGUGCUCUGUGGUUGGUGCAAUCUGAUGCUGAUGAUCGGUCAGCUACCUGUAUUUGGCGCGUACGUCGCCAUGUUCACCAGCGUGCUGGAGGAGGUGUUCAAGCUACUUCUGGCGUACGCCUGUAUGCUGAUAGGCUUCGCUGCUUGCUUCUGCGUGCUGUUUCCGCGUACCAACUCGUUCAGCAGCCCGUACUUCGGUCUGACCAAGGUCCUUGUGAUGAUGACCGGCGAGCUGAACUUCGAGGAGUUCUUCUUCGCGUCCGAGAAACACUACGACCAAUUCAAAAAUAAUAUGUUGCCCUCCUGGAAGGACAUCCCCUCGCAGACCGUGGUCCAGUUCAUUUUCCUGUUGUUCCUCCUGUUUGUGACGAUCGUGAUGAUGAAUCUGCUGAUCGGCAUAGCCGUGCACGACAUCAAGGGCCUGCAGAAGACGGCCGGGCUCGCGAAACUCGUUCGUCAGACGAAACUCAUCUACGACGUGGAGAUGGCGAUCUCGCUCGGAUUUACGCCGUCGAAGCGUUUCGUCAAGCUCCUGCGGAUCGCCAAGGAGGGAGACGGGCAGAACUGUUUCUCCGCGGCCCGCAAGAAGAGUUACUACGUGAAGGCGGCCUUCGAGAGUGACGCGAGUCGUCAUAACCAGGACACGCUGAUACAGGAUUGCAAUAAAUUCCAGGAUGAUAUCGCACAGCUCAGAGAACUUUGCGAGAAGAAUAAUGCUCUCCUGCAACAGCUUUCGAUUCGUUCCAGAAUGCACAAGAAUGAGCAGGAAGAAGUAAGAAAUAUGAAACCGGACACUUUGUCGUCGAUUAUUCUCGACCAGGACAAGCAACGUCUCUACUCCAGCUUCAAUGGUCGUUCCAAGGAUGAUUCGCUCUUCGUGAGGCUAGCCUCCACUUAUAGAUCCUUAAGAGACGCCUACGCGGCGAAGAAUAAUGAUUGUCCACAGCGGAAAAUCACCAUCAUCGAUGACGUGAUCGCAGCAUCCAAAGACAGCGAGAUCGAUGCCGGGCUGCCGCCGCCGGUGGACGAGUCUCUCUUCUUCGACAACCUGGAAUGUUGCAGGAAUCAUUACGUGAACGGAACAAAACUGAGAUCGGCAAUAUGGUCCAUCGUCGACCCGGCGGAGACGAGGCUGCUUCUCGACAUGGAGAAGAGCCGCGCGCUGCCGAACGCGUGCAAGAGCGAGAGAUUACGGAAUGUCGCUUACAUCUGGGCGUCCUAUCGCGGCCUGUUACACCUUCUUCCGGAGCUGGAGAAGGCCGGCGCGCGCUACGACUACGUGGAGCCGCGUACCGGCGUGAACGCCAUCCUGGCCGCGUCGCUGGGCAACCGAGUCGACUGCGUGGAGUACCUGAUAGGACACGGCGCCGACGUCAACUACGAGAGUCUCGUCACUCGUUACACGCCGCUGCACUUCGCGGCCCUGGGCAACAGCUGGCAGGUCGCGGCCACGCUGCUGGAGAACGGCGCCAAGCUCAAUUACGUCUGUCAGGAGGUGGUCGAGCCGGUUCUGCACAGCGCGGUGCGCGCGAACGCGGUGGAGAUGGUGCGGUUGCUCCUGGAGCGCGGCGCCAGCGUCGUCGAGAAGAACCACUUGGGUCAGACGCCGUUGCACGUGGCUUGCUUCGUGCAGUCGACACCUUGCGUCGAGCUGCUGUCGAUCAGCGGCGUCAACGCCGUGGACAGGGAGUUAAGGACCCCGCUGCACUUCGCCGUGAUGAGCACCGACUCGUCCGCCGAGCUGGUGCAAUUGCUACUAAAACGUGGCGCCCACGUAAACGCGGCUGACCGGAGCGGCUUCACGCCUCUUCACAUCGCCGCGUUGAACGAGCAGUCGCGAUGCGUCGAGGCGCUCAUCUGGGCGGGCGCGGACGUCAGCGUGACCACGUGCACGGGACUGUCGGCGCUGAAUGUGGUGCUGAAGAAGAUCCCCGAGUCGUUGCGCGUCUUCCGGCAGCGACUGGACGCCUCGAUCAGACUGACCCGGCCGGUGUCGCACAAUCGCGAGUUCGAGAUGAGGCUGCACUUUGACAUUCUCUUCCCCAGCAACAGUCAGUGCGAGACCAGCUUCAUAAAUACCUUCGUGCAGGAGCACCGGAAGGACCUUCUGUCGCAUCCGCUGGUCAUGGCUUUUCUACACCUGAAAUGGGAGAAGAUACGCAAGCUCUAUCUCCUGAGGAUCCUUCUGUACACCAUGACGGUGAUAAGCAUGACCACUUACGUGCUCACGGCUUUGGCGUACAAGUGUUACAAUUAUAACGAGGAGGUCGCCAGCAACAGCUCCAAGAUAUGCGGCAGUAAACGAACGGCCGAUUUCCUCUUUCGCAGACCGUUUAUUGAGAUUCAAUGGUACCUCGCCCUAGUGCUGACGUGUAUCACCAUACCGAGGAAGAUCUUCGGCUUCAUGGUCUAUAGGUCGGCGUUGCAAUACUUCUCCAACAUCGACAACGUCCUGGACGGCGUGGUGAUCGUAAGCGUCUUCGUCACGUCCUUCAUUUACACCGGGCGUACCUACGAUUGGCAGAAUUACGUCGGCGCGUUCGCCAUCCUCUGCGCCUGGACCAACCUGAUGCUGAUGGUGGGCCAGCUACCGGCCUUUGGCACCUACGUCGCCAUGUUCACGCACAUCCAGUUCGAGUUCGCCAAGCUGCUGCUGGCGUAUUCCGGCCUGCUGAUCGGCUUCACCAUCAGCUUCUGCGUGAUAUUCGCGGGCGAGCCCGCCUUCGGGAAUCCCUUCACCGGCCUGAUCAAGGUUCUGGCCAUGAUGGCCGGCGAGCUGGACUUUGAGGGGCUCAUCAAUCAGGCGGACGGAUCAACACGUGGCUCCUUCGUCAUUUAUCAUCCCUUAUCGGUGUGCUCGCAGAUCCUCUUCACUCUGUUCAUAGUCUUCGUCACGGUGAUUCUGAUGAAUCUACUGGUCGGUAUCGCCGUGCACGAUAUACAGGGUCUGAGGAAUCACGCCGGACUCACGAAGCUGGUGAGGCAGACGAAGAUGAUCCUCUUCACGGAGAUGGUCCUGCACAACACCACGAUCCCGUACGCCUUUCGCAAGUGGAUGUCGGAUCACAAGAUCGACGUUGAGAAUAGGAAACGCGUGCUCGUUGUGAAACCGCUAAAUCCACUCGAGAAGCGAUUGCCCAAGGAUAUAAUGAAGGCCGCUUAUGAGAUAGCGCAGAAGAACGUCACCUUCGCGAACGACGACGUUAUUCUGAACGAUGCUGCCUGGUUGAAGCAAGAAGAGAGCAAGGAGGUCCCUGAUACCGUCCUACAAACGACGAUCGAGAAACUGAUUGCUAUGAUGAAAGUGAACGAAGAUGCUGUGAAAUUGUUGAGAGUGCAAUUGUUAGAAAUGAACAAAAUGUUGGAGACUGUCGUGACAACGUUGGCAAAGGAACAAUAUACAACCUCGUUGUAAAGCAGAUGGGUCGAUAUCUCGAUUAUAUUUCCAUUAAUUUUCACAAACAUGAGCGAUAAAGUAGACAUCGAGGCCACAGUUCAACA